GGACAACAUGAGUGGAGAGAAGGAAACGUUGUUGGAAGAAAUCGAACAGAGGUUACACCGUCUAACCGAGGACAAUUUACGAUACCUGUGUGAACGCUGUGGAAUUGAUGGCUCCCAAGUUAAAGGAAAGAACCAUCGCUCGUUACGACGUAAAAUCAUGGAGGAAAUGUGGGAAAAUGCAGAUUCGGUGAAAUCGGAAGAGCAGGGAAUGUCUUGGUUACUCCAACUGAAAGAGGACAUCAGAAAGAUACAGGAAGAAUCUAGUGUGGCACCCAUGAGUCCCAGACAGUCUGAUGACGAUGCUACAGACUGCGAUGAAGAAUGGGACGUGGAGGACAACGAUGGAGAGGGAGAUUCAGAUUCGAUGUCAUCAAGUAGGAACAAUGGUGUGUGGAUUAACUACAAUCUGCUUCUGUAACAGUUCAUUUAUCAAUAUUUAUUAAUUGAUCCAUAUUUGCAAAACGUUUCUAUUCCGUGUUAUAUAGCAGUUCAUCUGUGUUGGAUAGGGAAGAUACUUCAACACUAGUUUAUUGUUAAAUACUUUGGUACAUAUGAGGAACCUUAACUUCAUGUCUUUAUUUCACAGGGGACAGCCCUAACGGUCGCUCGCUCAGUGGGAGGGGCUUAUCAUCUGGGAAGGCUCCAGGGUUGAAAGUGAUCCAGCGCCCUUAUAGCUGUGACGUAUGUGAGAAAAGUUUCCCUCAUUUAGGAGACCUAAAGAGACACCAGAGAAUACACACAGGAGAGAAACCAUAUGGCUGUAUUCAAUGUGGGAAGAGUUUCCGUCAGCCAGGACAACUGACUAAACACAAGCUAACCCACACUGGAGAGAAAUCUUAUCGCUGUGAUCAAUGUGGGAAGAGUUUUGGCCGAGCCGAUUCCCUGACUGAACACAAGCGAACACACACAGGAGGGAAAUCUUAUGUCUGUGAUCAAUGUGGGAAGAGUUUAACUACCUUAGGAGCGCUGACUAUACACCAUAGA